AUGUGUUUCCCAGCCGUUUAUGUCUCAAACAACGAAGAUGAUAGUCGGGGAAUCCCUGUCCCCAGCGGGAACGAAGUCUGCACUCAAAGGGGAGAUAAAUUCGGUCCGCAUUUUAGGUCUCAAUCGACCCAUGCUUCCCUUGGCGCUCUCCGUCGCCUCUGCAACAUUCCUCAGGAAAUAGAAUUCUCUCUCCCUAAACCCAACGAGUCUCCGGAAACAGUGCGAGAAGGUUACUAUUGUGCUUACGAAGUCUAUUUCAAAGGUUGCGGUUUAUUUUUUCCCAUACCGGAAGUUCUUCUUUUGUACCUCCUCCAUCUGGGGAUUGCUUUUCCCCAAAUGGCUCCCAACUUUCUCCGAUAUGUCCUGAGCACCCUGACCGUUUCGGCAGAAGCAGGGUUUUCUCUUACAACUAGCGAACUCUUAGGGCUAUUUCGAGCUCGUGAGUGCACAACGGCGGGGAACCAAACUAGUCCCCGUCCAACUGUUGAUUUUUUAUAUUUCUUUCGAAUCGUUUCCGAGGGUGAAACAAAUUGGAAUUCUUUCACCCUUCAAUGUAUUCAUGAUGCGGGGCUCGCUAUCAAAAAUGGUCAAACUCGCCCCCUCGAUCCUCUUUCUGAAGAGAAAGAUGUCUCGAGCCUGAAUGCUCGCGACAAAAGAAAAAUCCUUCCCGAGACUAAAGCUCUUAAGGACCAAUUAUCCGAAAUUAGGAAAAAGAAACGGAUCGCUUCAAUCUCCAAGGUUGGAAACUUCCACAGGAAGACCCUCCUGGUCGACGAUGGUUCUUUAGAAGCAGCUUUGUCAAUUGCGGUGGAUUCUCAUGGAGCCGUGAUUCCUAACGACCCUCCAGUCGCUACCGCUAUUUCCCUUUCUGCACAAGAGAGAGAGAGAGAAGUAACUUCUUCUCCUCUCACAAAGAGGAAGGCUCCAGAUUCAGAUACUUUAUCAAACGAGAAACUCAAAACCGUUAGAUUUAGUUCUCCGUUACGAGCUCCUAGCCCUCUGGAUUCCGUUUUACCUUCUUCGGAACCUUUAGACCCUGAACUUCCUCUUCCGAGUGACAGGGUAAUUCCAGAAGAGAUUGCUGAAUUGAAACCGGAGGUUCCUUCGUCUCAAGGAUUGAGCGUUAGUACUCCAAACCCUUCACCAGCUUCGAUUCCAGAAACUGGCGGAGAAGAUAUUGGAGACAUCUUCCGAAGUUUUCAAACCAGGAAAGGGGUAUCCCUACCCCCUUUUUUAGUUUGGAGGCCGAAUAUCCGUCAGAUGUACGUCAAUCGAGCUUGCUACCUAUCCUAG